CUGUAGCACCCCACCCCCGUUUCCCCCUCCCUGCGCUUGUAUUCUCUAGCAUCAGCACCUUACCCCCGCUGAACAGCGACCGUCCUCGAAGAUGUGAUAUCAAGCGUGCUGAACUGACAGCGACAACAGUCGACCAGGCCUGCCAAUUGCUAAGCCAAUCAUGGAACAUUUCAAACCACGGGAAAUUUGAAAUGAGCGUGUAAAGACCACGUUUGUGUUUGUGAAGCCUUCAUCGGUGCUUUUGUUUCUUUCCUCAGUUGUGCAGGGUAUCUGAUGUGGAUGAUGGCAACGCACAAAGAGCAAUGAAAUGAGACCGACCCUUGGGCAGUGUAUAGGCCUAAGCUGCCUGUUCAUGAUUCCUUGCCGAUGUUUCCAGAUUUUGGAUGUGCUUCCUUGAGCUUAUGUUCAAUUUAGGCUAGUCAACGGCGUCCCUCCUGAUCCCAGAUUUUUUAGGGCGCCGCAUCAUGAUGAUGUUGGGACUGUCAGCCGCCGCGGGUAGAGAAACCCGGACUCCCUCCCUGCCUCACCAGCUGCCUGCACGCCACUGACAUGACAACGCGUGGCAGGAAAACAAAGAUCAAAGGGCUCAGACCUAUAGCUGGACGUGUGAAUGGGGAAAGAAGGGGUCUCACGCCAGGUUAUCAAACUGGAGGAGGCCGAAACGCAUCUGUUGGGGACAAGCACCAAGGGCAGUGCGGAACUCUAACGCGCCGGGAAGAGACUGGGAGAGGUAUCGGUGUGUCGUACCCUCCUUACCCUGAUAAGUUCGGUCCAGUGCCCACUGAAGAUGAUCAUACUCUGCAAUUCGAGGCUGAUUAUGGAAAAGCAAAGGCACCGAUGAAUAAACUGGUUAAAUCAGAACUCAUUCUACCGUCGGUGGUCGUUCUGGCACUGCUUCUAACUAGCACCAUGGGUUGCAUUCAGAGCAUCGCCUGCAAGCCGCGAAUCAGACGGGAGAAUAUUGUUGUGUAUGAGGUCUCGGCCUCCAUUGACCAGUGCCCUACCGUGAUUGAGGAGAACUCACCUAUUGUGCUGCGCUACAAGACGCCCUAUUUCAGGGCUUCUGCGGGUAUUGUGAUGCCUCCUGUGCCACGAAAUGAGACCUGGACUGUAGGCUGGAUUCAAGCUUGCACUCAGAUGGAAUUCUAUAAUACAUAUGGGGAUAUUGGAAUGUCCAGCUGGGAGCUUCCAGAGUUGCGCGAGGGCCGUGUCAAGGCCAUCAGCGACUCCGACGGCGUCAGCUACCCCUGGUACGGCAACACCACUGAGACAGUCACGCUGGUGGGACCCACGUACAAACCCUCGCGCUUGACCGUCAGCAUGAACGACAACUUCUACCCCAGUGUGACCUGGGCAGUGCCCAUCAGCAACAGUAACACGCCCAUGCUGACGCAUAUCACCCGCGACCAGAGCUUCAUCACCUGGCUGGUGGCACUCAACGCCGUCACAAAAGAGCGCAUCGUGCUGCAGACCAUCCGCUGGCGCAUGCGCGUGGACAUCGCCGUGGAGCCCGGCAUGCCGCUUGGCUCGCGCGCCUCCCUGGUGGGACGGCCGCACCAAGAGCAGCCCCACAUCCUCAACAACCCGGAGCCCAUCCCGCCCAAUGCGCUGGGCCGGCCGAAUGCCAACGACGCACAGGUGCUCAUGUGGCGUCCCAGGAGAGGCGCUCCACUCGUGGUCAUUCCCCCCAAGUAGCCGCCAGUGGACCUAAGAACUCACGCGUGGGAGUGGCUGGGUUGGAAAAAGAAUCCCUCCCCACCCCCAACCCAAACAGAGGCUAGGAGCUACUGGAGAUCCAGAUGUGCGGACAGCAGAGUGGAGAGCACGGUGCCGCCAAACUGGAUUUGUGGUGAAACGUGGCUUUGGAGAGGCUUGGUUGAACUGAAAAGUGGAUGGUUCUGCACAGCACUCAUUUGCAACCAAUACACUGUACACUGCAUGAGAGGAAAAGAGAGAGAGAGAGAGAGAGAGAGAGAGAGAGAGAGAGUUAGAAAACUGAUGCUCUGGAAGGAAAGUCGGCGAUUUGGUGUCAGGUGGCAUGAGAUUCUGCAGGUCUCUGGGACAGAGGGGACUGUAAGCCCCUGCACUCGGACAGUACAAACCAAAUGAAACAGUGCUUGUAGCCAAGAAGUUUGUGGUGAAACAAAAAAAAAUUAAGAGCAACACUUUCAUAGACUUAAAAAAACAUAUAUUCAAUAAUUUGUAGUUUAAUUUAAUUGGUUUACAGAGAACUAAACCAUUUGUUUUUAAUUGACUAAUUUAGAUACUGAAACAGCUCCGAUUAUUUGAGGAGGAGAGAGCAUGCGUCACCACCAUCACCACCACCACUGAUGAGCAUUUAAACCACUACCUUCAAUGAACACACCUUCCUUUGCCUUGCAUGAGAAUAGUAGUCUGAACAUAAUAGGUUCAAAGCAGAGGUGCAGCACUGUGAGUGAGUCGUGUGAUACACACACACACACACACACACACACACACACACACACUCACUCACACAGACAUACUGUAUAUACACACACACACACACACAUACACACGCACACACACACACACACGCACACACACACACACACUCCAUCUGUGCCGCUCCCUUGCUUCCAUUAUCCCCUCCCAUCUGUCUUUUUUACAAACCUCCCCCUGAUUUUGCCAUGUCUCACCGCGCCCCCCGUCUCCUCUCUGUAGGUGUGUAUUACGUUGUGGAGACCUGGACGCCACGGCCAGGACUGGCCUGGUGUGAUUAUUCUGUGUUCUAGGAUUGAGGCUGAUAGCUGUUGACUUCAGCAGUGUCUGCAGGCUCACCACCCCAGGCACAAAGGCAGAGACAUAGCUCUUUGGGAGCUGAGGGUGUGUCCAUGGCAGCUUCCCCAAGAAACGUAAGGGAAAGCAGUCAUCUACAGCUAGGUCCAUGCUCUUUUCUUGUCUUUGUAUCGGUUGAUUGUGUCACAGUGUUGUUGUAAAACAAAAGACUGAGUGAGGACUUUGAUUAUAUGUGUAUCAGUGCAUCAUGUUUUUGUCAUGAUUCGUAGAAAUCAACUAAUUGAAUUCCACCAGUGCUGCAAAAAAUAACAAUAAUGAGAAAGUACAAUGCGGAAUCAAUUUGGACAGUUACAGGUACAUACAGUAGAUUUUCACCAUUUGAUCUCUGGCUCCUGCUGACUCUGAUAUGGAUGUCAGAGGUCAGUCAGUAUUGUGACUUCUCCAAGUCCAGGAGCUUUUGAAAUGCUCAUUGCAGUCUCAGGGUGACCCCUCCAUCAAGUGGUCACCACCGCAGCCCCUAGGCGUGUUCUGCAGUGAUUAAUUAAAUUCCAUACCUGUUUCAGCCCCUAGGCGUGUUCUGCAGUGAUUAAUUAAAUUCCAUACCUGUUUCUUUUCUGCACUUCACACUGGUCUCCUCUGUUUCAAAGUGGUCUGCCCAUCACUGUCUGGCCUGAAGUAGGGUCUCCUUAAGUCGCCAGCACCUUUCCUUUAAAAACAUCACUAAAUGAUGACACUCGUAGUGAAUGGGUAAGCCACUGGAGUGCCCAGUACACCAUCUAAAAUCACAUUUGGACCACCAGCACCAUCAACACAGGGAAGAGACUGAGAUAUUUGAUACCAGUGUUUUUAUACCAUGACUGUAUUCAAGGCAAUGAGAAUGAUUUUCUCUAAUUUGAGAAGACAUUUAUCUGUCACUAUACUAUCAUACCAUAAACCAGUGAACUUCAGGUAAAAACAAGUACAAGUAAAGUCAUAAAACAUGAUUGCAUGAUGAAAAUUAUUACAAUUACAAUUUUUAUUUCAACAUAAUUUACAGAUAAAGAACCACUACGGGAAUGUAAGUUUACUGCAAGUGCUAACACUGAAGACAAAAACAAUCUUCAUUUCAUUUCAAGAGAGUUGUCCAAGAUGACAUAAGGUGUAUUUAUUCCAAGAUGGCAGAACCUUCUUUUCUCCCAAGGGAUUUUUUUUAUAUUUUCAACAUUACUUCAAAAGGGGUUCACUAUUGGCAGAGCAUCAGUGCUAUAGCUUACACAAUUUCAAUACAAACAGUGAAGGAGCGAGACAGGUCUUUAUCACUUCUGCUCUGUCCAUAAAGUCUCUUUUGUGUGCAUAAAAUCUUUGCCCCUCUUCCAUGUAUGGAGAAAGAUGGUUCCAAACUUGAAUUGCAAUGUUUGUUAAUAUAACAGACUGAUUGUUUUCAACAGUAUGUAUGUCUACUUAUUUUAUAGAUUUUUUCCCCCUGUGUCCCAGUAAAAACAGACUGGUCCUAUUUUUCACACAGGAAAUGCAUCACAAAUACUGCAACAACCAUUCAGUUCAUGUUGUGCUGUCUUACCUCAUCUUGUUUCUUCUGUGGGUACUAUGAUUACAGUUUACGUUUAGAGAUGUUUUUGCUUCUAAAUCAAUGUUACCUCAAUCCAGAAUCAAAAUGCAUAAUGUAACAUUAUCUCAAAUGCCACAUCACAAAGACAAGAUUGUAUUUUCUGUAUGAUUUGAGCAGCAAAACUGAGUAUGGAUGGAUGUAAUAUGACAAGGUGAUAAUUCUCCUUAAAAUAAUAUCUUAACACCAGAGUUAAAUGCAUGGCCUUCUUUCUGUUCUCUUUACAUCAGUAUGAAUAGACAGACAGACAACAUUGGUAAUAACUUUCACCCAAUGAACACAAGACUAUGCAAGGUAAGAAUGAUUAUGGUGCUGAAUCUUUAGGCAUGACUGAAAAGCUGACUUGAAUCCAAGGUAAAUAAAAUAUUGUUUAAAUUGUUACAAUUCUUUCUUUGCAUGCAUGUUUUUUUGCAUAAGAUACCUGUGACUGACUCAGUAUGCUUUGUGCUGAAUGCACAAGCUUAGAGCAAUGAGGUUAAAAUGCUUUACCUGAAAACUUCUAAUAAAUAAAUAAAACCUGUUAACUUUC